AUGUCCAAGUCUGUUUGCAUUGUCGGCGCCGGGCCUUCUGGUCUUGUUGCGGCCAAGACGCUCCUCCACAAUGCACCCAAAGGACACUUCAAAGUCAGCAUCUUUGACAGUCAAGCCGCCAUUGGAGGGCUGUGGCCGACCUCAAAGACGGAUUCAGGGCGUCUAGUACAUCCAUUGAUGGUUGCGAACCAGAGCAGACACACUGUUCAGUUCAGCGACUUGGCGUGGGAAGACGAUGCGCCGCAAUUCCCCCGCGCGUGGCAGGUUGGCAAGUACUUGGAGCAGUAUCGGAGUAGAUACCUCAGUGGCAAUCCUGAUUUCGAGCUUCGAUUGAAGAGCCGUGUGGCAAAGGCAGAGAAGCGGGAUGAUGGUACAGAAGGCUGGAAAAUCCACAUUCAGUCGGGGGACAAGGAAGAGGCGAGGGAUUUUGACUACUUGAUCGUUGCUUCUGGAUACUUUGGCAAACCCAUCAUUCCCGAAUGCUUCAAAAACGCAAAGACGUCCGUUCCAAUCAUCCACAGCAGCCAGUACCGCGAUUUGAAGGGUCUGUUAGGAGAGGGCAAGGAGAAGGGAGGCAAGAUUCUCAUCGUGGGAGGCCAAAUGUCCGGCGUUGAGAUUGCAGGCACCAUAGCGAGCCAUCUCUCAUCUGCCGUCAACUCCCCGGAAGAAUCAGAAAUUACUGGAAUCGACAAAUACUCCAUUUACAAUGCAAUUCAGCGGCCUAUCUGGGUGUUUCCUCUUUUCACCAGCCCCGAGCCCACGUUUACAGCAGCUCCCUUUGCACCUUUAGAUCUGGGUUCUUACAACGUCAACAACCGACCCAGGCCACUCGAGAAUACGCAGGGCCAUAUCAGCCAAGAGCAUGCAAAUAUGGUUCACACCAUCUUUGAAUCGUCACUCGGUGACCAAGAACAAUUCUCUUCUCUACUGAUGCCUAACCAACAGGAAAGAGACCAACCGGCAUAUCUGGCUGUUAGCGAUUGGUACAGCGAUUUCGUGAGAUCCGGGAUGAUUACUCUGUCAUUUGGCAAAGUUCUUUCCCUGGAGGGCGACCUGGUCACAUUGGAUGAUCAUGGGGCUCAGAUCGAUGACAUAGCUGCCGUAGUCCUUGCGACAGGCUUUGAUCCCUCUCCAUGUGUCGAUUUCCUACCAAAGGAUAUUCUCAACACCCUCCAGCACUCUCCAAAACACCUCAGCCAAGCGCUGGCCUUGGCGUUCCACGGCACCCAUCAUCCAGACGUCCCAAAUCUCGGAUUUGUUGGAUUCUAUCGAUCCCCAUACUGGGGAGUUAUGCAAAUGCAUGCUCGAUUCAUUACUGAUCUUUGGUCUGGCCAAACUGGCUCGAAAUUAGAGGCACUGGAGCGAAAACUCCAAACAGACGACUCCAUCAAGCGAACACUCAGCUUGCGAGAUGACCCUAGGCUUUCACAGUUCCCCAUGGGUGACUACAUGUACCUCAUGCAAGAAUUUUCCGAAGCGCUUUCCAUACCAAUGCACGAAUCCAUCAUGCCAAAGACUCCGACAACCUCUCGCAAUAACCUUCCUCUCGAUACGCUCACGCCCGCUCGAUAUCCGUCACCCAGCGAUAGCCCUGAAGCAAAAGCCGAGGCCGAGAAAUCGUUAAAGCAGACUCGUGAUGUUGCUGUCGAAUGCCUCACAACUCCCCGUUUCGUCGCACGAGGCGUUUUCAGGAGCCUUCUUGGCACAUGGCGGCUUGAACGCGAUCUCAACAGUCGACUUCCUUCCCACCCGAGCGGCAAGUUUGUAGGCACCGCCCAGUUUCUGCUCCGUGAACGGACGUCGGACGGCCUUCAGUGUGCCUCUGAUCCAAACAGCAUCGAUGCUUGCGACGAGAAUGGCGGUGGAGAGGAUCUGGAAUAUCUGUAUAUCGAAGACGGCGAAUUCCAAACCUCGGCUGGUUUCGGAUUCAAAGCGACUCGUCGAUACAUCUGGCGAUACGACUCUAAGAAAGAUGUCAUCAGCGUAUGGUUUGCCAAGCCAGACGACCAGAAGCGCGCAGACUAUCUCUUCCAUGAAAUCGAGUUCGAAGCGCCCCCGCUCGAGGACAACGAGAAGCGCGAAAAGGAAGGCUGGGCGGCAAAGGCUGGACAUCUUUGCAUUGACGAUUACUACAAUGUCAAGUACAACUUUGCGUUCAAGGCUGUGAAUUUGGAGAAAUGGAGUAUAGAGUAUACUGUUAAUGGUCCGAAGAAGGAUUAUACGAUUCAUGGCACGUAUGAGCGGAUAUGA